AUGCAAUUGACAGAGGAUUAUAUGAACUUACGGUUUCUCAAAUUCGUAUAUAAACGGAAACCAUUUCACUCACUCAUCACUACAACUUCACUUCACUAUCGUUCAGUUCAGAAACUAAACAGAAUAGUUAUGCAUUUCGCAACUAUUGCUCUACUAGUCCUCGGGGCUGCAAAUAUUGGCCACGCGCAAAAUUCCUACUGUACUAUAAGCACAUGCCCACCCAAUACCAAUACUCUCUGCAAGUACUCGAGCACUUCUUGGGGAGCUGCCUGUCUACCCCCCUACCCAACUAAAUCGAAUGUCACUACAGCCGAGAUCCCAAUCAUUUUAAAAGCGCAUAAUGACUAUCGCCGUCGAGUUGCCAAAGGCCUCGAGACUCGUGGUCUUCCAGGUCCUCAACCCUCGGCAUCCAAUAUGCGGGAAUUGAUUUGGGAUGAUGAACUCGCCGUGAUGGCCCAAACCCACGCCCAGCAAUGUGUUUUUGGGCACGACGCCUGCAGAAACGUCGCUCGUUUUCCAGUAGGCCAGAAUAUUUAUAUUUCUGGUUCCUCUGCUGAUAGCCUUGGCACAUCUGACUGGAAUGGAGCUGUUACAUCUUGGUACAAUGAAGUUGACAACAUGGCAAUUGAAUAUGUCACCAGCUUUCCAUCAAGUCCACCCAAAGUUAUUGGCCAUUACACCGCAGUAGUUUGGGGAACAACCAUUACUGUUGGCUGUGGAGUUGCAUACUACCAAUCAACUGCCGUUUGGCCAACACUUCCAUACAACCGAUUGUAUGUUUGCAACUAUGGGCCGGCUGGAAACUAUAUCGGCACGCCCGUAUAUUCGCAAGGGCCUGCUGGAUCUGCCUGUCCUUCUGGAACUGUAAACAACGAUGGUUUAUGUGCCACAAGUGUUUAAUCAUUAACAAUUCAGUAUGUUGCCUACUUGCCGUAUCUGCACUGACAGUUGAAUUUUUCACUUAUCUUUUAUUCUAACCUAUGGCACUUACAGACCAGAGGCAAAUAAAUAACCAGAUUGCAUUCA